GGAUGAGACCGGUAUAACUGUAAUGGAUCGUGAUAGUUCUUUUACAGCUUUGAUAGAUAUGUUUAUAAGCUCAGGGAGUUUUGAACGUUAUUUUUGCGACCGUAAUUUACAAUUAAGUGUAAAGGCUAAGACAUUAAAAACGGUACUAGAAACACAAUCUAAGGGUGAUAUAGUUACUUUAAGAUAUAUUGAUGAGUCUGAUGAACUAAAUGUUUAUUUGAAUCGUGGAAUCACUUGGUCUUUGAAACUGAUGGAUGUUGAUUAUGAUAUUAUUACAAUAGGUGAUUUCGUUUAUAAUGUUAAAUUUUCAAUAGAAUCAAGCGAAUUCAAAACACUAUGUACGAAUUUACUUAAAUGUGGAGAAAGGAUGCUUCUUGAAUUAGGAUCCGAAGAUCAUAAGGUUAGUUUUAAUGCAGAGGGUAGUGAGUUGGUAUGA